AUGCCGAGGGGCUUGCGUCAUAUGAUCAGCAUCCUGGUUUGGGGUUUUGAAUGCGGACUCGACAUUGAGCUGGAUCAUCUGGUAAACUUGUUGGAGAUCAGAAAGGCUCUGAAGGGACGUAGAUUUUAUAUCUCCAACAAGUCCAAUCGCCGGAUUAUAGGCGGUUUCCCAAGCAAAGAUCAGUUUUGGACCGAGCGCUUCUUCUAUGUCUUGGUGAACGAGGCGUCGGUUGGCGAGGACUUCGUCCGAAAAACCAAGACCGCUUGGGGACCACUUGUUCGGAGCAUUCUUUCUCCAGUUCCUGACGACCUCUUCGUUGUUCGAGAUACUCUUGCGGCUCGAAAAGUCAAUUGGAGGAAGCACUUUACGUUUGAGAGAGUGAAAAGAGUGCGAGCCAUUUUCGCUGGAGUACCUGUUAGCUCUUCGUCUUCAAAUUCUUCAGGAGAUAGAAGGGAAAAAAUGGUGACCAUCACUCUUAGAGACAGAAAGAGGCGUGAAGAGGAAGAGGCUACAAAACGAGCCGCCGAGGAGGCUCAAACGGAGGGCGAGGCUAUCCCUCAAGACGAUCCGCCGAGCAGUGAAGGGGAAGGUGCGAUCCGAGCUGUGGAGGCAAACGUUACCGAGGUGAUUGAGAAGGAGGUGGCGCCCGAGGUGGAACCGGGUGAGAUCAUCCCCAAGGCGCCCAAAGACGAUUCUGCAGCUCGGAGCAAAACACCUUCCAACUCGGCUAUUUUGGCUCUCCCAAAGUCGUCAAGGCCCCCGGCUUCGCAACUACAGAAACACGACGCUGGUCGAAAACGAUCAGCCACUGAGAAAGGGAAAUGUGUGGCUGUUCAGAAAAACAAGCCGCCCAAGAAGAAACACAAACCGGCGUCUGGUGAUCCCGCUUCACGCAAACUGGUCGUCGAUGACCCGGAUGUCUCGGCGGUGAUGUUUUCGCGUGUUAACAACGCAACCCGCGUCUUCCUCCUCCCGAGCAGCUGA